AUGGUUGCUGCCGCUGCUAGAAUGCGCACACCUGCCAUGACCAUGGCCCGAGGCGCCGCCUCCAUGCGCCGUCCCCAGGUCACCUACAAGUUCCAGGAGGUCAUCAAGUCUCAAUUGCCUGCCCUCUCCGCCCUGUCCCGAUUCUAUGCCUCCAAGUCGUUCCCUCCCCACACCAUUAUCAGCAUGCCGGCUUUGUCGCCGACAAUGACCGCGGGAAACGUCGGCGCGUGGCAGAAGAAGGCUGGUGACAGCCUCCAGCCCGGUGAUGUUCUGGUUGAGAUUGAGACCGAUAAGGCACAGAUGGACUUUGAGUUCCAGGAGGAGGGUAUCCUUGCCAAGGUCCUGAAGGAGACUGGUGAGAAGGAUGUUCCUGUUGGCUCGCCCAUCGCUGUUCUUGUUGAGGAGGGUACCGAUGUUACCCCCUUCGAGUCAUUCUCCCUGGAGGAUGCCGGUGGUGACAAGGCCUCCCCGGCCGCUGAGAAGAAGGAGGAGCCCAAGAGCGCUGAGCCCUCGGCCCCGGCCCCCGCGUCGGAGCCCGCCGCUAUUGAGCCCGAGACCUCCGGUGACAAGCUCCAGCCUGCCCUCGACCGCGAGCCUACCAUCUCUCCCGCCGCUAAGGCCCUUGCCCUCGAGAAGGGUGUCCCCGUCAAGGCUCUCAAGGGUACUGGCCGUGGCGGUGUGAUCACCAAGGAGGAUGUUGAGAAGUACAAGCCCAGCGCUUCCGCUGCUGCUGGACCUGCCUACGAGGAUAUUCCUCUCACUUCUAUGCGCAAGACCAUCGCCAACCGUCUCAAGCAGUCCGUCCAGGAGAACCCCCACUACUUCGUCUCCACCACCCUCUCCGUCACUAAGCUCAUGAAGCUCCGCCAGGCCCUGAACGCCUCCGCCGAGGGCAAGUACAAGCUGUCCGUCAACGACUUCCUGAUCAAGGCUUGUGCUGCUGCUCUCCUGAAGGUUCCCCAGGUCAACUCCAGCUGGAUUGAGGAGAACGGCCAGGUUGUCAUCCGCGAGCACAAGUCCGCUGAUAUCAGCGUUGCCGUCGCUACCCCCAGCGGUCUGAUCACUCCCGUCGUCAAGGGCGCCCACGCUCUGGGUCUUUCCAGCAUCUCCAACCAGGUUCGUGACCUUGGCAAGCGUGCUCGCGAGAACAAGCUGAAGCCUGAGGAGUACCAGGGUGGUACCUUCACCAUCAGCAACAUGGGUAUGAACCCCGCUGUUGAGCGUUUCACCGCUAUCAUCAACCCCCCUCAGGCCUGUAUCCUGGCCGUCGGUACCGUCCGCAAGGUCGCUGUUCCCGUCGAGACUGAGGAGGGCACCGUUACCGAAUGGGAUGACCAGAUCAUCGUCACCGGUAGCUUCGACCACAAGGUUGUUGACGGUGCCGUUGGUGGUGAAUGGAUCAAGGAACUGAAGAAGGUUGUCGAGAACCCCCUUGAGCUGCUGCUGUAG